AUGUGUCGACCUGCCUACACUAUGGGACCCAGAUUUGGGGCAAACACCUGUUUAGAUGCUGCUAUGAAGGGGAAGUCCAGUUCCGUGGCAUGGCUUGGGGACAAGGAGGCUGCACUCUGCGCCAAUGGCGCUGGCAUGACGGUGCAGGGCCCCUUCCGUCCCUGGGCCCUGUCAGUCCAAACCCUACAGCGAAGUUCAAGUGGCCUGUCUACUCAGAGAAGCAAGGGGAGAAUGAGACACUACGGGGCAGUCGCCCCUGGCCUGCUCAGCCCACUUCCCAGAGCAAUGAGAGUGGCUCAUGCUACAGAGGCAAGAAACCCAGGGCCAGACGCGGAGGAGGCUGCGGAGGGGUCGGGAGCAGGACGUGAGGUCGGGGAGCAGGGCAGCCGAUCGGGAUGGGCCCCGAGAGCCCCACCAGGGACUGUUCAACAGCACACGCCACACCCAUCACAGGGCCCCCCUCCACAGAAGGAAAAGGCAAGGAACGCAGGCAUCCCCGAAGCCCGGCCUUGUGGGGCACUGCGUCCCUCUCCCGACUACAUCCUCUUCCCGAUUCGUGAAAUGACUCUAGCUCACUGCAGUGGGGCCAAACAGACCCCGCCCACCAUUUCCUGGGCGUGGGCGCUGCGGGCAGAUGCCAGGAGGAAUUUAAAAGAAGCUGGCUAUUUUGGGUGUUAG